AUGGCUAUUUGGAAGUCAAUUGUCGCUACGGCUGCGAUUGCCGCCACUGUUGUCGAUGCAGGCACUCUGGCGCCCCGAAAUGGUUACAAGUCGCUCGUCGAUUCGAAAAGCCUUCGCAAGCAGAUCAAGACCGAAGCUUUGAAGAAGAGAGCAGAGACUCUCCAGGACAUUGCUUACAGCACCCCUGGAAAGAAUCGCGUGAUCGGUAGCGAGGGACAUGAAAACACCGUCAAGUACAUUCAGAAGGAACUCGGCCAGUUCCCUGACUACUACACGGUUGAACUUCAAGGCGUCGAGCUUUCAAUUGGUGUCUCGGCUAAUCUGACCGCCAACGACAAGACCAUUGAGGUCUACGCUGUCACCUUGGCUCCGAGUGGCCAUGUCAGUGGUCCCUUGGUCGCCGUUCCCAACUUGGGCUGCGAGGAAUCUGAUUUCACUGAGAGCCUAGAGGGAAAGAUUGCGAUCAUCUACCGAGGCACAUGCGAAUUCGGCAUUAAGGUCGGGCUUGCCGUGUCCAAGGGUGCCAUCGGUGUUAUUGCGUACAACAACGGAGAGGGUACCUUGGAGGGAUACUCCCUUCAAAAGUUCGAAGAUCCCGAGAACCCAUAUGUCCCAGUUGGUGGUAUCUCCCAGGGCGCGGGUGAGGCACUUGUUGCGCAGCUCGAGGCCGGCCAGGAGGUCACCGUUGAUCUCACCACUGUGACCAAUGUUGCCACCAGCUACAAUGUCAUUGCCCAGACCAAGGGUGGUGAUCAAGAGAACGUUAUCCACCUCGGUGGUCACUCUGACUCCGUUACUGCUGGCCCGGGUAUCAACGACAAUGGAUCCGGCACAUCCUCUCUUUUGGAGGUUGCCGCUCAGCUCACUCGAUAUGCAGUCAAGAACGCUGUUCGUUUCAGCUGGUGGACCGCGGAAGAGGCCGGUCUGCUUGGAGCCACCUACUACGUCUCCAAGCUUUCCCCAGAGGAGAAGCAGAAGAUUCGUCUCUUCCUCGAUUUUGAUAUGAUGGCUUCGCCCAACUACGCUUUCCAAAUCUACGAUGGCGAUGGUUCCGCUUUCAACUCCACUGGCCCACCCGGAUCGGCCGAGGCUGAAGCGGAAUUCACCCACUACUUCGCCGAUAUUGCCGCUGUCAACCACACCGAGAUUGAGUUUGAUGGUCGCUCCGAUUACGGUCCUUUCUUGGAGGCUGGCAUCGCUGCGGGAGGAAUUGCUUGCGGUGCUGAGGGCAUCAAGACUGAGGAAGAAGAGGCCAUGUUCGGUGGUGCAGCAGGCGUGCCAUACGAUGUCAACUACCACGAGGAUGGCGACACCGUUAACAACCUCAACUACGAGGCAUGGAUCGAGAUGACCAAGGCUAUCGCCCACGUUACCGCUGUCUAUGCUCGAAGCUUCGACAGCUUGCCUCCUAAGAACUCUACCUCCCUCCAAAAGAGGGCCGCGAGGUACGCACAGUUCAAGCAGACUAAGAGGUUUCAAAAGUGGGUUUAG